AACAAACACAUUGCGUGUGUAUAUAUAAACACACACAAGAAAUAGCAGACACAAUCGUAGAAUGUGUGCCUAUAUCUGUAUAAUUCCAACGAUUUCGACAUUGUUAGGACCAGAAUCUGCGCACAGCCGGCAGCGGGGAAGCAUGUGGCGCCUUCUUGGAUGUGCCCUGGCCGCAGUAUGUUUCCAAGUUUCUGAAACGUCUCUCAGUUUAAGCUCAUCUCAUCACUUUGCUUCACCCGGGGAGUCUCCGGUAGAGUUCACGUGCACCUCGAGUGCAGUAAUAGAAUCCGGUGGGGUUCGGCUGCUCUGGUUCAGAAAGAACGCGAGUGAUGUAAUGGAACAACUGGACACGAAAUGCAACGAGUCCCCGUGCAAAUACACCAAUGAAUCCAACGGCCGGGACACCUUCAAGCUGAAGAUUCCCAACACAGAGCGAGAUGAUUCGGGUACAUAUUACUGCGCGCACCCACCAGUUAUGGACCUGGAGUUUUCAAAUGGGGCUGCAUUGAGCGUCAUAACAGACAGUUCAACAGAGAACACUUCUGUGUCUAUACUGGCCCCCGCUGUCUCCGCCAGCGCGCUCGACUCCACUGAGACGCUGACAUUAGUCUGCCUGGCCCGGGGCCUCUCCUCGCCCGCGGUCCGGUUUCAGUGGUUCAUCUCCGGUAACGUCACGACGGCAACAGCGCCGGGCUCCGGGAUCAAAGAGACGGGCGGAGGCGGAGAGAGCUACAGCGCCACGAGCAGGCUGACAAUCCAGGUGGAGACGUGGCGGAGCGGGGCGGUGUGCGCCUGUGGAGCGCAACUGAACUCAAACACCGUCAUCCGCAGCAGGGAGAUCUCAUACACAGCGGGAGCAUCGUGCCGCGUGUAUUACGUCGCGUUCUCCGGGGCUGCUCUGCUCGCUGUAGCCGCGGCGAUCCUCGCCACUUGUGCAUGGCUUAAUUUCUGUAGCAAAGAAGAUCCCAAACAGAGAGCGGACCCCGCCGUGCAGAUCAAGAUGAGAUGCAAUGAUGACCUGGUCACCUACGCUCACUUGGAGUUUGUUCCGCAGAAGAAGGGGAGACGGAAGAGGCAGACUUGAGCAGAGUGCACGAUCCCCCGGAGGAGCGCUGUGUCCGGGUUCUUGCGUUCAGAGACAACGGUUCUUGUUAUAUUAUGAAAACCAACAGAAUAUAUGUGUUCUAAUCGGAUAGAGCUCUGCUUAAAGAGCGAAUUUUUUGACUCCUAUUUUUUUUAAGAGGUAAACCGUCUGUUAAUUUUCCAAAGACAGAAUAAAAUAACUAAGUUGUAUAUUUCAAUAUAUCUUAUAUCCUCUCAGCGUGCUCUGUUUUCCGUUCUGUAACAUUAACGUGAAUUGCAAAAAAAAUAGCAAUAAUUAUACGGAAACGCUUUAAGAAGAUGACCCUAUAUAUCAGACAAAUGAUCAUUUAUAAAAUAAUUCUAC